CCACGGUGUGGUGGUGGGAGUUUAAGGGGUCCAGAGGGCAGUCUACUCUUAUUGUACUCGCCAUAAGUUCUGAGUCACUCUGAGUCCUGGGACGGUCCAUGGCAAAGCUGGUGGAGUGUGUGCCCAACUUUUCUGAGGGCAGAAACAAGGAGGUGAUUGACGCCAUCGCGGACGCCAUCUCCGGCACAGAUGGCUGCAGCCUGCUGGAUGUGGAUCCGGGCUCCUCCACAAACCGCACGGUGUAUACCUUGGUGGGCUCGCCACAGGCCGUGGUGGAGGGGGCUCUGAAUGCAGCGCGGGUGGCCUUCCAGCGCAUUGACAUGGCCAAGCACUCGGGGGAACAUCCCAGGAUGGGGGCUAUGGACGUGUGCCCCUUCAUCCCCGUGCAGAACGUGACGAUGACUGAGUGCGUGGACUGUGCCAAUGCCUUUGGUGGGCGACUCGCUGACAUGCUACAGAUUCCUGUGUACCUUUAUGGAGAGGCUGCCCGUGAGGAGAAUCGGAGGUCUCUACCCACGAUCCGUGCAGGAGAAUAUGAGGCGCUGCCUGAGAAGCUGAAAAAGACGGAGUGGACCCCUGACUAUGGCCCUGCCGCUUUCGUCCCCUCCUGGGGGGCCACAGUGACGGGUGCUCGCAAGUUUCUCAUCGCCUACAACGUGAACCUCCUGAGCACCAAGGAGCAGGCCCAUCGCAUCGCCCUGGACAUCCGGGAGCAGGGGCGCAGUGCGAGUCAGCCAGGCCUCUUGAAGAAGGUCCAGGGUAUGGGCUGGUACCUGGAAGAGGCCAACUUGGCACAGGUGUCCACCAACAUCCUGGACUUUGAGGUGACCCCCGUCCACGCAGUCUACGAAGAGAUCUGCAGGGACGCUAAGGACCUCAAACUCCCGGUGGUGGGGUCUCAGAUUGUAGGCCUAAUCCCUCUGAAGGCCAUGCUGGAUUGCGCGGACUUCUACAUUCAGAGGGACAAGCUUUUCGUUAUUGAGGAGGAGCACAAAGUGAGACUGGUCAUUAGUAAACUGGGUCUGGACUCCCUAGGACCGUUUGUGCCCAAGGAGAGGAUUAUCGAAUACAUGGUGGUGGGCACGCAGGACCAUCAGCGGCUGCUGUCGCUGCCUCUGCAGCAGUUUGUCCGCAGCGUGGGAGCCAGGACGGCCGCACCCGGGGGAGGAUCCGUGUCGGCAGCCAUUGCUGCGAUGGGGGCCGCUUUGGGCUGCAUGGUGGGGCAGAUGACUUAUGGGAAGAAGCAGUUUGAGAACCUCGACACCGUCAUGAGGAGGCUCAUCCCCCCCUUUCACCACGCCAUGGGUGAACUCCUGGUCAUGGUGGACACCGAUUCCAACGCCUUCAAUGACUACAUGACUGCGCUCAAAAUGCCAAAGAACACCCCAGACGAAGUGAAAAGGAGGGUUGUGGCCAUACAGGAUGGCCUGAAGAAAGCGGUGGGGGUCCCCCUGUCCCUUGCUGAGAAGGUCAGCCAGCUCUGGCCUUCCCUGAAAGAGAUGGUCCUCUACGGCAACAUGGCCUGCAAGUCCGACCUGCAGGUGGCGGCCAAAGCUCUUGAGACGGCAGUCUUUGGAGCCUACUGCAAUGUUCUCAUCAACCUCAAGGACAUCACAGAUGAGUCCUUCAAGUCCACAACUCAGCAGAGGGUUUCAGUGCUGCUGCUGGAGGCCAGACAGAGCAUGGCUGCAGUGCUAGAUGUGGCUGAGAAGAGGGAGUGAACAGCCGUGUGGAUGGCUCAGGAGAGCCCCAGGCUUAAAAUUUGGCCUACACAGACACCACAAAAAACUCAAUAAAUGCCAUCUUUAAUGGAG